CUCGAUAAGGCGAUGACGUGGACGGUGGCGUUGGCCGUUGCUGCGGCCAUCACCGCGUCGUGCGCGGGCGACGACAGCCUGCGCUGGGGCACCUACCACUCGGGUCUCUACUUUGGCGUCCGAUCGCGGACGCACCCGACGCAUGUCAGCGCAGGCCUUCUCUGGACGUCGGCCAAUGAAGACGUGAGCCAGCUCAAGCACGAGUGUUCGGAGCGCGACCGGCUCGAGUCGUACGGCUGGACCAAGCACAAUGGGCGAUCGUUCGGCCAGCAGACGAUCCGCGACCGGCUCAACCGCAUGGCCAUCGAGACGACGUUCCUCAAGCCACCGGCACACGACGGCAGCGUCGCGACGCAUUCGUGGGCUUCGCGCAUCACUGUCUCGCCUCUGUACGCUGAGAAGGGCCUUCCGGAGCUCGCGUCGCUCUUCUUCUACAUCGACGUGGGCUGCGGCGACGACCAGAUGGGCCACGCCUGCCGCGACGAGGUGCUCCAGCACCUGCAGUGGACCAUCGACGAGCCGUCGUCAUGCGUCGAGCCCAUGGCAUCGAGCGACGUGACGUGCAUCGAGCUCAGUGUCCGCGCCGAGCAUGCAAUAGACGCAACCUUUAACUUUGCGACGCGCGUUCAGGCGCAUGUGACAGGCGAUGUGCCGAGUUUGCACUUUUGGGGUGACGCCGGCGUCAACGUCGUCAACGUCAAGGACCGUCUCGUGCAACUGGCGGCACGGACGCCCGGAAGCACGGACGCGGCGAUCGUCUUGCCCAACGACGUCGACGACGAGAGCUCGAUCGUCGUCUUGCAACUGCGCUACGACCCUCGCCGCGCCUCGGACGUUGCGCUGCACAUCGUCUACAACGAAGCGACCGACGACGACACGAAUGUGCUGCAGUCGACGCCCGUCGUUGUGUACAAUGAUGUCAUUGCCGACUAUAGCGCAACGUUUGGACGUCAAUUUGAAGACACGUUUGGCCUCGCGGCGAAAUCGAGCUCGGCCAAGCACAUUGCGCUGGCCGAAGCGGCGUUCAGCAGCCUCAUCGGUGGCAUUGGCUACUUUUACGGCAGCAUCUACCUCGAGGACCACGGACGCAUCGAGGAGACGGCGCCACGCCCGCUCUUCUCGGCGGUUCCGUCGCGCUCGUUUUUUCCCAGAGGUUUUCUCUGGGACGAGGGUUUUCAUCAGCUUGGCAUUGUGCACUUUGACAUGGACAUCAGCAUGGAAGUUCUCUCCCAUUGGCUGCACACGAUGGACGAGGAAGGCUACAUGGCCCGCGAGCAGAUUCGCGGGCACUUGGCGCAAAAACGCGUGCCGUCCGAGUUUCUCGUGCAGCAUGCGAGUCAUGCGAACCCGCCGACGCUCCUCCUCGCGAUCGAAAAGCUCGCGCACCUCGAGCGCGCGCGUCCGUGGCUCCUCGCGCAUUGGCCCAAGCUCGUCACGUGGUUUCAGUGGUUCCAGACAACGCAGGCAGGCGACGUGAAGCACACGUUUCGAUGGCGCGGCCGCCACAACGACGGCCGCCUCAUGCCCAACACGCUCGCGUCCGGCUUGGACGACUACCCGCGGGCGUCGUCGCCGUCCACCGACGAGCGCCAUGUGGAUUUACUGGCGUGGAUGGCCAAGGCGGCGUCCGUGCUAGCCGACGUGGCGGCUGCCAUCGGCCACGACGGCAGCACCUUCUCGGCGUUGCAUGCAACGUACUUGGAGGCACUUGACGCGCACCAUUGGUCCAACGGCCUCUACCUCGACUAUGGCCUGCAUAGUGCGGACGGUCAUUUUGAGGACCACAUUGUGAUUCGGUGUGCGACCGUCGACGGCGCGGGUAUCGAUGCAACGGCGUCGGCGCGGCAACUGCAGCGAAGCGACGGCUCGGACGUCUGUCCGGCGUCGCACCCACGGUUCUUGUACCCGCUCGGGGAUGGCGCCGGCGGGUUGCUCAAAAAGCAGAUUUUUAUGCCGAAAACCUUGCGCCCGCAGUUUGUCGAGCACAUUGGCUACGUGUCGUUCUUCCCCGUCUUUCUCAAACUCGUCCCCGUGGACUCGCCCAAGCUGCGCCCGCUUCUUGCAACGCUCGAGACACAUCUCUUGACACCGCAUGGUCUCCGGUCGCUGUCGCCAUCCGACGUCUACUACGCUCGCCCGAACGCGCCGGGCGACGCUCCGUACUGGCGCGGCGCCAUCUGGAUCAACCUCAACUACCUCGCGCUCGAGAGCUUUUCGUUCUAUGCGGCGCAUGCGACCGACGCGUCGACACGGGCGGCGUUUGGUGACGUGUACGCCCGGCUCCGAACAUCGGUGGUCGACACAAUUGCAGCCGAGUACGAGCGCACGGGCUUCUUUCACGAGCAGUACAACGACGUCUCGGGGAAGGGCCAGCGCUGCCAUCCGUUCACGGGCUGGACCGCCCUCGUCACCAACAUCCUCGCCGAGCGCUAUUGAGCCUUCGUCGAUAGCACACUGUUGAUUGAAUUGUUGGAGCUUGUUGCGAUACCAU